AUGGAGCCCGAUGACUUAUGGGGACACUGGACAGGAAUCCUGCUCUCAGCCUCUCUUUUGACUGCAUGGAUUCCUCCAGCUGCGGCCCAGCCCACGCUGGCCGCCAGCCCACUCAACACCAGCCACGGUGACAAGGGUGAGAAGGUUGUCGUUCUGUCUACGUUUGGGACACCCUGGACACCCCAGAGUCAUGGCAGAUUCAAACCACUGGCCACGCCCACCGUUUCAGUCAGCCCAGCCACCGCCAUAGAGCAGAGGGCCAUGGUGACCUUCCACUGUGACACCGGGGACACCGACGUUACCAUCCAGUGGGUCUUCAACGGCCUCCCCCUCACGUUCCAUGAGCGCAUGCAGCUAUCCACGGACGGCAGGACCCUCACCAUCCUCACUGUCCAGCGAGAGGACUCUGGGGCUUACCAGUGUCAAGUUCACGGUGUCCUUCAGGUGCAGAGCAGCCGUCCUGCCCUCUUGGACGUGAACUAUGGUCCUGACCCCGUGCAGAUCAAGUUGGAGCCUGGUGUACCCAGCGGGGAGGUGGCCGAGGUGAUAGAGGGCUCCACCGUGACCUUCCGGGUGGAAACACAGUCUCGCCCAAGCCCUGCCUAUACCUGGUUUCUCCCCAGUGACUCCAUCUCGUCUCCCACCACGGAAACAUUCACCAUCCAGUCCAUGUCCAGAGAACACGAAGGCACGUACAGGUGCUUGGUGUCCAACAGUGCCACCCAGCUGUCCCUCCUGGGUGCUCUUAAGGUCCACGUCUUUGAAAGACUGACCACGCCCCGAGUCGUGUCUCCAGGCCUGAAUCUCGUGGAGAAUGCCAGCUCCGUGGCCCUCGCCUGCCAGACCAUCCACAAGGAGGUUGGUGUCCAGUGGUUCCUGAGAGGCCAGCCCCUCCUGCCCAGUGAGCACCUGGUACUGUCGCCCGACAACAGCACCCUGGUCAUCCACGGCCUGCGGCGGGACGACACGGGGCCCUACACGUGUGAGGUCUGGAACUGGGGCAGCCGCGCACAGAGUGAGCCCCUCAAGCUGACCAUCAACUAUGGCCCCGACCGAGUGGACAUCGUGGCAUCGACAUCUGGCAUGGUUGGCACCAUCGAGGCGGGGCUCAACUCCAGCCUGACCCUGCAGUGUCGGGCCGAGUCCAAGCCGGGCGCUGAGUAUCGCUGGACCCUGGAACAUUCCACUACGGUGCAUAUAGGGGACCAGCUGAUCAUCGGGGCUCUGACCUGGGAACACCAGGGCAUCUACAACUGCACAGCCUCCAACGCUGUGACCGGCCUGGCCCGCUCCGCCUCUGUGCUGGUCAAAGUGGCAGGUCCCCAGUCCUCCCUGACCCCAGGAGCCAUCGCUGGCAUUGUCACCGGGGUCCUGGUUGUCACUGCCCUGGCCGCAGAACUGGGCUAUUUUCUCUACGUUGGAAAUACCAGACGGCCCUCAGAAAGAAAAACAGAGGACCCCAUUCACGAGGCCACACAAACCAGCUCUGAAGAGGAGCCACCUACAGAGCCCAGUUCCAGUAAGUGA